GAGUUGUAUUUUGCGAGAUAGGGGAAGGAGGGUUGUCUGCUGUCUGGUAGGAGGGCUUUGUCUGUGUGCGCCUUUCUCUCUCUCCCUCUCUCGCUCUCCCUGUCUCUCGCACUCUCGCUCGCUCUCGCUCGCUCUCUCUCGCUCGCUCUCCCUUUCCCGUCUCUGUGGUUUGUAAGGUAGGUUGCAGUGUGUGUAUAUACACAACAUCAAGAGCAGGAAAAUGGACUCAUUAGGGAGGCAGGCAGUCAUUACCACUCACACUGUACUUCCAGGGAGACAGCGACUAUGAGGAGACAAACUGAGGACUGGGGAACAAGCAGCACAAGAGAGAAGUGUUGAGAGCUGCACUUAACCCUUUUGGAGUCCGAAGUCAAAAGGGAACCAGAGGGCUUGACGCAUCCUUUACAUCCUGCAUUUACUCUGACCACAGUCCCUCCCUGUUCUCACAAGUGGAGCUCAGCCCUGCUUCCCUUCCUGUUGAUUCCCAGUCAGCUACAUGACUGCCUGAAGUUACAUUGUAGAUGCUGAAAUCACUGCACCUUAAAAACAAAAAGAUUAAGCUGCUCUGCGUUCCUAGCAGCAGUGGUUGGCAGUUUUCCUCAACCUUGCAAGAGAGAGAGAGAUUUGGUUGGAAUGAAACCUUGCUCUCCGUACAGCCUGUUUGAGAUGCAGCAUUGAAAGAUCACUCACAAUCAGUUUGUGGCCUUUCUCUGAAGGAACCUUUUCUGUCUCUUGCACACAGCCUCUCUCUGUUCCCUGCCCCAAUGAACGUCUGCACUAGGUCCAAGGCUUGGAGUAAUUUACCUGAAGAGUGAUACCAUUUGGAAACCACUGAAGAAACCCAAGACAGCUGAAAACCAGAAGGCGUCUGAGGAGAAUGAGAUUACUCAGACGGGUGCAUGCAGCGCCAAGCCGGGCCUUCCCUGCCUGAACCUUGAAGCUGUUCCGUCUCUGAGCCCGGCCCUCAUCCACUUUCCACAUUCACCAACAAACCUGCACGCACACACAGGGUCAUCUGAUUGUAACAUCAGUUGCAAGGGGAUGACAGAGCGCAUUCAUAGCAUCAACCUUCACAACUUCAGCAAUUCUGUGCUCGAGACUCUCAACGAGCAGCGCAACCGUGGCCACUUCUGUGACGUGACGGUCCGCAUCCACGGGAGCAUGCUACGCGCCCACCGUUGUGUGCUGGCGGCUGGCAGCCCCUUUUUCCAGGACAAAUUGCUGCUGGGCUACAGUGACAUCGAGAUCCCCUCAGUGGUGUCAGUCCAGUCUGUGCAAAAGCUCAUUGACUUCAUGUACAGCGGGGUGCUGCGGGUCUCACAGUCAGAGGCCCUCCAAAUCCUCACAGCUGCCAGCAUCCUGCAGAUCAAGACUGUGAUUGAUGAGUGCACAAGGAUUGUCUCACAAAAUGUGGGAGAGGUCUACCCAGUGAUUCAGGAUUCUGGCCAGGAGACACCCAGGGGAACCCCCGAAUCAGGCACCUCGGGGCAGAGCACCGACACAGAGUCUGGCUACCUGCAGAGCCAUUCGCAGCACAGUGUGGACAGGAUCUAUUCGGCCCUCUAUGCCUGUUCCAUGCAAAAUGGCAGUGGGGAGCGCUCCUUUUACAGUGGAGCUGUGGUCAGCCACCAUGAAACAGCCCUGGGACUCCCCAGGGACCAUCACAUAGAAGACCCCAGCUGGAUUACCCGGAUCCAUGAACGGUCGCAACAGAUGGAGCGGUACCUCUCCACCACUCCAGAGACCACACACUGCCGCAAGCAACCGCGCCCUGUCCGAAUUCAAACCCUGAUGGGCAACAUCCAUAUUAAGCAGGAGAUGGAGGAUGACUAUGACUACUAUGGCCAACAGAGGGUGCAGAUCCUAGAGCGCAAUGAGUCUGAGGAAUGCACUGAGGACACUGACCAAGCAGAAGGCACUGAGAGUGAGCCCAAAGGGGAGAGUUUUGACUCAGGCGUCAGUUCCUCCAUUGGCACUGAGCCUGAUUCCAUGGAGCAGCAGUUUAUGGCUGCUCUGGGCCGGGAUGGGCAGCAAGAACCUUCUCAAGCAGAUCAAAAUGACGUCCCUGCUGAUGGCACUCAGCCGCAGCAGCAGCAGCAGCAACAUGUAGAUGCCAACUCUUCUUCACCAGAGAGAAGCAAUGACGUUGAAAUGGACAGCAAAGUGCUCACAGUCAAUAACAGCACCGAAAAGGGGGCUUUGCAGCCUUCUGUCAACACAACUGUUGCCCAACCAUUGCCAACCACACAGAUCUACUUACGCCAGACAGAAACCCUCACCAGCAAUCUGAGGAUGCCACUGACUCUGACCAGCAACACUCAGGUCAUUGGCACAGCUGGCAACACCUACCUGCCUGCCCUUUUCACCACGCAGUCUGCUGGCAGUGGCCCUAAACCUUUUCUCUUCAGCCUGCCCCAGCCUUUAGCUGGCCAACAGACACAGUUUGUGACAGUGUCCCAGCCUGGCCUGUCAACCUUUACUGCCCAGCUGCCAGCCCCACAGCCCUUGGCCCCGUCUGCGGGCCACAGCACAGCGGGUGGGCAAGGCGAAAAAAAGCCUUACGAGUGCACUCUCUGUAACAAGACUUUCACCGCCAAACAGAACUACGUCAAGCACAUGUUUGUACACACAGGUGAGAAACCACACCAAUGCAGCAUCUGUUGGCGCUCCUUCUCUUUAAAGGAUUACCUAAUCAAACACAUGGUGACGCACACCGGCGUGAGGGCGUACCAGUGUAGUAUCUGCAACAAGCGCUUCACCCAGAAGAGCUCCCUUAAUGUGCACAUGCGUCUCCACCGCGGGGAGAAGUCCUACGAGUGCUACAUCUGCAAGAAGAAGUUCUCCCACAAGACCCUGCUGGAGAGGCAUGUGGCUCUGCACAGUGCCACCAACGGCACGCCUGGAGCCACCGGCACCGGCGCAAGGGCCGUCCCCGCCGGGGUGGUGGCCUGCACGGAGGGGACCACGUACGUCUGCUCUUCUGUGCUUUUUUGGUCUGGAUAAGGCUUUUUAUUUUUGCACUAAGUAUGACUGCACUGCACUGCAUUGCACUACUGAAAUGUAUUUACACGUGGUGGGAUUGGAAGGGGCCAAUUAAGCAGGAAGGGAGAAGAGAAAGGGAUAGGCACAGAAAACAGGAUAUAUCAUAAACCUGACCAGGUUGAAAAAGAACUAGGGUAACCUUUAUUUAAGCAACUAGUCAGACACUGAGACAGCUCUAUUAGAUACCUUCUCUUAAAAUAAAAGUAAAGCACUAUAAUAGAAACUGAAGAGGCAUCACAGGUUUCAGGGUGCUACAGAUCUUUUUCCCCCUUUCUCUAGAGACUGUUCUUUGGGGCUGUGAGAAAGUUCAGAGAACUGCUCAUUUGGUAAGGCUUCAACAUAAAGAUACUGAUUCCUAGUUCAGAUGUCAAAACUUGCAUUGUCGGAUAGAAUCUCUUCAAGAGGUUUGACUGUGAUUAGCAUCCCUUCAGUAUAAACAUGAUCUCUCAGCUCAAGAAUUUAAGCCACAAAGCAGACUUACCAAAGGGGAAGGUCACUGGAAAAAAAGCACGUCUUUCUGAGGCUGUUAUGGGAACAGUGCAAUAAACAGUCAUCCUGAACACACAAUUACAAGUGUUCCAGUCAAACCUUUGGGGUAAGAGGAAGCAGGAGGGACAUUUGGGCAAGAAAGGGUGGUGUGGAAUUCAGUACAUAAAUAUUCCUGCUUAGGCAAAGAUGCUGUCUAGCAUUUUAAGAGCUUCUCUCUGAUUUGUCUUCUUAAAUGGAUAGCCUAGCAUUGUGAAGGCUUUCAGCUGGAGCCAAAUGGAAUCCUAAGUUUAAAAAUACUGUUGCAGUCAAGAUGCAUGUUGGCCUAUGCCUUGGUCAUUAAUUUUGUAACAAGCAUAAUAUGAGAAAAACUAAAACAGUAGUAAUGUGCAGCAAGAUUCAUCUCUGCUGUAGCUCUUUGUGAUCUAUAAACUCUCAAAAGUUUGUGUUGAAUCUCUUCAGUAAGACUGUAAUAGCAACUUCAGCCAGAUGGUAAAACAGGAUCAUGAAAAAUGCUCUGUAUAGCAACUGGGACAAGAAUGUAAAACAUGAGUGUAUUUGCUUUGGUCCUGUAGUGGAGAGACCAUCUGUCUAAUGUACAAAGAGGUUUCAUGGACAAAAAAGAGGAGGUAGUCAUCCAAUUGCUGAGGGAGGUCUAGAAUAAUUGGGGGACUAGAAAUUUAUUUAUGCCCUGAAUUUAUCCUUAAACUUGAAGCUAAGAUAUUUUGGCUUCAUUAGCACAGAGAAAUGGGUAGUUCAGACCUUUCACAGAGCUGCACAAUGCAAAGCAGAUUGUUGAUGAUCAGUCUGUUGGGCUGCCUCAUUUGAGAAAAGUGUCAAGAACUAGAAGAGGAGUGGUAUACAAGAGGCGGUGCUAGGUGGGAAGGAACAAGUCUGUCUGAAGCCAGGAGACACUUUGGAGUUAAGGAUGUGUUUUUCUGGUGAGCUCUGAGAUUUUCACUCUUCGAUUUCAGCCAUUCUGGUUUGAAAGGAAUGGAAGAGAACAACUGGAGAUAUCCCCUGAUGUACUGUUAGAUGAACUACUGAAUGACUCUUCCCUUGAAAGCAAACAGGGCACUGGAACAUACACUCUCUAUCUUUGCCAUCUACAGGAACCCUUUAAGAUGAAAACCACUGGAAGAUCAACUUCCAGUAAUGAGUCAGUAGAUGUCCAACAAAAGCACAGUUCAUUUGAGAGCCAGCAUAAUAGAGUGGCAGGAGAGCACCUUUGUUUUGUAAAGUGGCAUUUGCUUCCAUAAGACUAGUGACAGCUACAGUCAUGAUAUGGGAGGAAUUGAAAUCAGUCUGCUGAAGUUAAUUCACGUUAUGAGCCAAUACACCUGUUUGUUGUUUAGGUGAGUUUUUGUUUUAUUUCCUUGUUUAAGGCAGCUGCAUAUAUUGCUACUGUCAGAGUGGAUUUGAAUUGUCAAAGAGGAGUAGUGGACUGCUCCAGAAAAAAAGUGAAGCUGAGGGUUUACUGAGCCUGCUGUGUCCAGAGUGCCUUUCCUGCUGUGGUAAAAUGAAGAACUUCUGUAGUUUGAGCUGUUCUGGCUGACUGAUUGCUGCGUAUUCCUCCCUUGUGGUGUGACCUGAUGGCAACCCUAUUUGGACAGGGAGAGGAACACUGCAAGUUUGCAAUGCUGUGAUAAGAUGUCAUUUGCACUAGUUUUUUUUAAGUACUGCAAUCUGAAGAAGUGUGCUUUAAGCCGUGCUCCAAAUCCUGGUUUGAAUUCAGCCUGUUUAAACCUGAUUCCAGCUGACUCAGUUUCAAAAAAACUAGUCUUGUCCAUGUAAACAGGAAUUAAAACCUUUUUUAAAAGCUAGAUUCCAGUUUAUGUUUCCACUCAGUUCAGUGCUCGAACAGACCAGUUCUUGGGCCUAAGUGUGAUUGUAUAGUUUUAAAGGCUUUUAAAUCAGUUGUUCCUUUUUUCAUGGUCAGUUUGAAACUAGUUUAACUGGAACUGCAUUUAAAUAUAGCACAAACUCCUUUCCUUUAUUUCAGCAUGGUACUAAAGCCCCACGUAGACAGUGCUUGACAGAGAAACCAAGGAUAACUUGAGGUUUAUUUUAAGAAGCCAAAACAUAGGUUGCUGACUAGAGAUGCCGCAUAACCUAAUGCCCUAUUUUUUCUCCAGAUGGAGAAACACUAACUUCCAUAAUUCCCCUCCAUUUGUCAUCCUGCUUCAUUGUUGCACCUUUUCUCUUGAAUGAAAAUCCCUUUGGCCAGUAGGCUAGAUCCAAAACGGAACUCUCCCGUACUGUUUGAUCAUCUUGUUUCUGUACGUUCCUUUCCUUGACAAUGGCAAGCACUACUGAGGAUCAGCUUGAGAUUUUGCUGGGACUGUGGCGUAGUUAUGGUUCAAGAAGAUGCUAAUGAUAUUUUCAACAUUAUGGUAAUUUCAGAGCUUACCCUUGAGGAAAAAAUUAUAUUUCAGAAGUUCCACAGAAAAAAGAAAAUGCCAAGAAUCAGGAUGGAGCUUCAGUCACAGGGCUGUAGCCAAGUUUUUAGGGAAUGCAUUUCUGGUGGCUGGUGAUGCUGACAUUUACAAAGGCAAUUUGAAAGCUGUAGAGAAUGUAUGCUUUCUCAUCCCUGCUGAACUAAGAGAAUUUAUACUAACAGAAUGAUCCCAGAGUAACCUGUCAGUGUUCACACUUCCCUAAUGGAGGAGACUAAGCAAUCUGUCGCAUCACCUUAGACAGUCUGAAUUUGCUUCAAGAUUGCUCCCAAAUGGCUUGCCAGCCAGGUGCUCUCCUCCCUCAUUGAUCCUAGUAUCACACCUGGCUGGGGAUUUGUCGCAUCAGCCAAGGUGACCAAGAGAUAGCCUUGGCCCCAGCUAGGAGCCUUUUACCCUUUUCUUUUCCUUUUGGUUUUCCAUUGAACCAGGUGUGCAUUUAGUGGUGAAGUAGAUAACAGGUCAGCUGUUGCUCCAGAUGACAAGAAUGGCAAAGCCACAUGGCAACUGAGCUACUGUUGUCCUCAAGGACAUUGGUAAAGGCAAAAGACCAGGCUCUGGUUGAUAGUGUAGUUAUAAACCUACAGCUUCUGCUGCUUGCCCCUCCAAACUUGUUUUGGUCAACUAUGUUGUUGCCCUCAAAUAUGCUUUGUGUGUGAAAAGCUGAAUGCAGUUGUUCUGUUGUCUGUCUUCUUUCUUCUGCAUCAUGGAUGUGGCACCAACUUACUCUCACAACAAGCUUGAGUUUUGUUUUGCUGUUGUUAUUAACAUGUAAUUCUACUGUAGACCAAAAAAUACGAAAAGGAAAAAAAUCAGUUUCAAGACAUAAAAGACCAGUGAAUGAAAGGUGAAAAAUUUAGGAAGUGAAGGUGUGAGAGGAGAAGCAGUGGUUAACUAUGUUAAGUUAGAAAUCUCAGAAUAGCCUUACGUAUUUCUUAACCAAUGCUUACCAAUCAUCCAGUAGUGGGGUUAGAUAGCUUUCUUGGUUCAUUUGUACUUGUAUCCUAAUAUAUAUAUAUUUUAUUUUUGUUUCUUUGGUAUUGCUGUUGCACAUCAUGUUGUCUUUUAUAAUGCCUGAUUUUUAUUGUAUUGUACUUUAUCAGUCUGUUUUGGUUUUGUUUCCUUUUGAAGGAUGGGAAAAGUAAUCUUUCCUUUUUGUUUUGAAUUUUUGAGAAAAAAUGCACUGGAAGUAAACACAAACACAUUUUGCCAUUUGAAAAAAAAAGGAAAACACACAGCCACGCAGUGGAAAAGGCUAAGAAAAAGCUCCCCUCUUCUUUCUUGUUAUGGAAGCAUCCUUUAAAAUAUAUGCUAGAAAGAAAACAAAUAUUCUCAAACAGAAGAAGAGAGAAGCCUCUUUGAUCCUAGCUCUGCAAUCUGGAGUAUUUUAGCACAGUAUUCUGCAGGGUUGGGCUCCUAAAUGGCCGACAGUCAUAAAAUCCAGAACCACAUGGGGCAAAUUCAUCCCUGGUGCAAGCAGAUGUAAUUGUAGUGAAGUCAAAGGAGGUACCCAAAGGAUGGAUUUAGCCACAUGCGUGCAAGAUACAGCUGCCUUCCCUAUAGUACCUAAGCCCCCACUGCUAGAUUUUAUUGCUGUCAGAACAGUUGGUCUUUCGGCUGUGUUAAUCACAUAAAAUCCCUUGAACAUUUUUCAAGGUAGGCAAAACACUUUCCCACUGAAUAAAUCAGUUCUGGAUGCACCUUGGUGUGACACUUCUUGCCUACCAGCUUUCAGCUGUUACCCACUCCCAGAUGUGAACUGAUGUGAUCUAGCUCUGGCUUGCCUUGGCCAGAAAAAUGGACUUGACUAUUAAGCGUAGUAAAACUUUUGCAUAUUUAACUACUAUGAUCCAGAAAUGGCCCUUGCACUUUUAAGGCAUAUGGAAACAUCCUCUCUGUCUUUCAAAAUGGCAGCAGUUCCUUUGUGAGUAAAACAUCACGUGUGCAAAUGCGUACACACGCCCACACACCCUGGGCUCCUCACCCCAAAUUCUUCCCGGAUCUUGCUGGCCCAGCAGUGUCCUGUCUCCAUAGUGCCUGGUCAUUUGAGUACAGCGGGGCAGAGACUCGUGUUGAGAUGAUAAAUGCAAAAAGCAUACAUUUUAAAAGACAGAUGAUUUUCCUGUUAUGCCAUUGUCUUUGAAUCCCCAUAUCAGCUGAUGGGUUUUCCUAGCCUGACAGCUUUCAAUCAGUUGUUGAAACAUUGGCUUUCUCUGUUUUGUUUUCUAAGGAGGGAAUGUGGGGCGGGGAGAAUAAUGAGGUGUUGUUUGUAACUUCACAGUCCUGAUAGUUGGUUUUUAUCUUCCAUAUUUUAUGCAAAAACAGACAUUAUAAGUCAAUAAAUAAUUGUGCCCUAGGUUGAAAGUUAAGUGUUCAGGAAAGGAAAAAAAUGGUUGGCAUUUUUCUACAUUUUUGUGAAGACUCUUUUGGAAAGGAAGGGUACAUAUUUUUGUUGUGUAGUAUUUUCUAUUUUUGAAUGCAUUUUCUUGGUACAAGACUGUUUUGUGGAAUUUUUUUUCUUUUUGGUGAACACAUUAUUUAAAAAAAAAAAAGAAAAGAAAGAAAAAACUAAUUGAAAAGUUUGCCCUUAAGGAUAUGCUGCAGUUUUGAGGUUUAACGUUAAAAAAAAAAAAAAAAAAAAAUUCAAGGCGUGUGUUAAAAGUUGGGGGAUUGUAUUGUUGGGAGUUUUUUUGUAAUUGUUACAAGAAGAAGUUUGUAGCCACUGCUGUUUAUUUUGUUUCAGAUGAGUAAGUAAAGGGAUUGUUCUUGUGUUAUUCUUUUUUUUUUUUUUAAGAAAAAGUUAUUUAUGAAAUGUCACAAACACUGGACUGUGAGUUUGUAGGGAAGCAUUUUACCACCCUGUGUCUUCAUAGAGCUGUUGAUGAUCCUCCUUCUCGUUACUCUGCCUUAUGAUUUCCUGAGCAAAUUUGGAGGGGAUGGUGGGAGGAGGAAAGAGAAACUAAAUGCCUUUUUGUGUCAGAGAGUUGGGGGAAAAACAGUGUUUUGGAAUCCCAAAGCUGGACCAUCAGCCCUGCUUCUUCUCCCAUCUACUACAGAAAUGAAAAAGACUUACAGUCACUGGAGGAGAAAGAAAAAUCGUGGUACUGAGAUGUGGCAGUGCACAAGGGGUUAAGUGACUGAGAGACAUGAUGAUCAUAAUGACCUCUGUAAAUGACAUCUCGGUUUCUCAGUCAACAGCUCCCUUGGUUUGCCCUCAUCCUGCCAGUGGCUUUUGUGACCAACACAACUAACCCAACUGAAACCAUGAGGAUGACUUUCAGUUGCUGAUCAAAGCCUUUUUUUGGCACCCCAGCAGUGGGAGUGACCAGCCGGGAGCACUACUCAGUUUGAUCACUGGACUGGAUUUGAGGAGAAGUAGAGGCUGAGGGUGACCAAAGAGGUGUGCCGUGUUCUCCAUGUUUGAAGAACAGGCUUAAAAGACUUAAAAGCAGUGCUCCAGGUACUUCUGGGACUGGAGAAAAGGGAAGGAGGAAGACACCAACAGCCGUAACAAAAACUGGAGAUAUGUAACUGGGCUACAUUCAAAACCAACCAGACUCUUUUCCUUCCUGGACAAUAAUGCAGCCAAAUCUUGAGACUGUCAAGCAGACAGAAAGCUGAAUGUGGCCUUCAUUUCUCCUGCCUUUCCUUUUUAUUCUCCCUCUUCCUUUACCCUGAGGUUUCUUCUCAGUGAGCACCUGCUCCACUGAGCACUUUUUUGCCCUCCACCUAAACUGCCCUUGCUUUCAAAAUGUGGGUUCAGUCAGGACUGAGUAAAAUCAUGUGCCUUCUUUUCCCCUUUUGUAAUUAUACCAGCCUCCUUUCCUUCCCCAACUUACACAUAUGAGAGACACAGGAGGGGGCUCUUCAGAAGUGCUACUUGUCUAUAGGUGUCCAGCAACACAGGUGGUGGUGAAAGGAAGAGGAGCAAGGGAGAUGCUAUUAGCUCCUUUCCCUUUCCACACGUAGCAGGUCUUCCCAAGGAGACACCCUUCACCACCACCUCCUCAGACACUCCUCUCUCCUACAGUGCAGCCGUAGUGAGCAUGGUGGGGUGGUUCUUCUCUCCCAUUUCUAUCCUAGCUUUGUGAAGCACUCACUCAAUUUCAAUUCAUGCCAUUUGCAAGCAGUCACAUUGACAAGACAAAUGCAGUUUGUGGCCUUACUGAGAUGACUUUUAAACCACUAAAAGAAAAAAAGGCAACUCAUUUCCCGCCCAAGGUUUGUGUCACUUCUAAAAACCCAGUCCAUAGCAGUUUAGACUCCUUUAAUCUCAGUCCAUUUUAAUGAUGGUGGCUAAACUGACUAGCCUAGAGCUUAAAUGCUAGACUGUCUGGUCUCAUGUUUUGUUUGCUAUUCCCCUACUGUCUGCUUGCUUUUCUCAUUUUCUACUAUAUUCUCUGCUUUACAAGGCAGCCCUAGCCUUUGGUGGAAGGUGAGAGGAGCCAGUGGGAUCCUGGCUCAGGGAAAGUAGUUCAUGGAUCGUUUUCAGCCUUGUAGCAGGAGAAGGAUAUACCAGCUACCACAGCAAAUGCGUAUUAUGGUAGGCUGACUGCAGUGGUUUUAGGGCAAAUAAACCCUACCCAGUUGCUGGAACGUGGCUUGUUCCCAGAUCAAAAACCAUGGAGCAAAAAGAGUGCACUGGGACAAUGGAAAAGCAGCUUGCAAUCCACAGCUGCUUUUGGGCAAAGACAGGGACCCAACUGCCUCCCAGCUUCUCUACAGGCUUGCCCACUGCACAGUCAGUGUCCCUGACUCCAUGGAGGAGUGAGAUGUGCUGUAGAAGCUUUUCUGAUUUUAAGAAUCAGCACAAAGCAGCCCCUGAGAGGUGUCUGUCUGUCAGGCAAGCACAAGGGUGGACACCUGCCCCUGCUGUUUUUCUGCAGAUCAGGAAGCUCCACACAGACUUUCCUGGAGCUUAGCCUUUCAGAAAUCCACCUGCAAAACCUGUAGCACCUGACUGGUGGGAAUGAAAAAUCCCUCAAUUGCUUCCAUAAAUGAUCCAGUAAAUGAAAAUGCUGCAGAUGGAGGAUUGGAAAUUUAUUCUUUAGGUUGGGCUCUAAAGCCAGGGAGGAGCGACAGGGGAACGGUGUAUUUAUUUCCCCCCUCCCAGUUAACAAGUCUGCAUGUGUUCACAUACUUACAAGAGAAAGGGUGUAGUCCUACCCAUCUUUGGUGCUGAUGGACUUAAAGCAUUUGUCCAAGGCCUAUUUUGACACAGAGAACAUAAAAAUAAACUCCUGUCACAUGCAAUAUUUCCCCCCCCCCAAAAAAAAAAAAAAGGGAGGGAGGAGGAGGAGAGCAGUGUGGGCAAUCAGGAUUGUUAGGGUUGGAUUAUUUUGCAUCUUUUGUAAAACUGUAAUUUCAACAGUGCCUUAUUCCUAAUAGAUGCUGGCACUUGGGACACACGAUGAAAGACAGAACUAGGGAGAGUCAGAUGUAUACAUCCAUAAGACAGAGGUCAUUAAUCACUGUAAAGAAAGCUGUAUUGGGAAUGACACAGCUGUGUCAGAAUUGAAAACAGUUCAAGUAUUCAACCUGCAAAGCAAUUUCCCUUCCACCACCUCCUGCCUUCCCUCUUUGCCAAUGGUGCUGCCCAAUAAUAGCUGCCUACACUGAGGCCUGUCACUGCCCCAUUUGCUUUUAGUGUUGUCAAGUCCAAGGAGUUUAGCAUAGUCAAGCUUUCCACUGCAAUCAUGUUUUCCAUGGGGUAUGUGAAUGCCAGUUAUUUUGCUUUAAAUGCACUUUAAAUUAAAAAAAAUCAAAUCAAAGCUCCAGACUGUUUCAAAUACAUAGGAGAAGAUAGUGCAUAUGUGUUUGAACCCAGUUGACUUUAUCUCCAGUUAAAAUGUACUCCAUACAGUGUGUAUGUAUAGAACAAUGUGUAUGCAUACAAACACACACACGUCAACCUUAAAUAUCAACAGACUAACCUUUCUCCUUAAGCUCAUGAAACCAGAUGAUACACAAACACAGCAGCAGCAGAGGAAUUACGGUUGGGCUCUUGAAACAGAUCACAAAAAACAAACACAACUACUUGGUCCUUUCUGUACAUUCAAUAAUUACAGAAGGAAUUGGGUUGUAACCAGAAUAAAAAGGAACGGUGCUAAAUGAAUGAAUGGGCAAAAAAAAAAAAAAAAAAGACAAAAACAAAAACUCAGCCCAAUAACACAGUUUGACUUUUAUGCUAAUUCUCACAUUGGGUUGAUUUGUUACCCUUUUUUUUUUUUUUUUUUGGUUUAUAUGAAAAUAAAAUUCCAUCUAAACUAAUCUGCCACAAUGAUAACAAAAACAAAGUAAACAAAUAAAAAUGUAUCCUGGCCUGAGGAAGCUCUUGUUUAUGGAGGAUGUCAGAAGUCUCAAAACUCUCGGCCUUGCUCUCACGUACCACAUGCUCAAUCAGUCCUUUUUUAAAAAUGUCUGAAACUGAAAGAAAAAUUAAAAAAAAAAAAAAA